CGUGUCGGUUGUUAGCAACGCUUAAACGCAACUCGUACCGCCGACUUUUUGUUAGCUUCCGUUUGCUUUUUUUAUUUUGUUGGCUUCUUCCCUGCUCUUGGCUUUCCUGCUGCAUACCGAACGGUGGCUUACGUGUUUUAAGAAGCUUGUAAAAGAACAAAAAAGAAAACUUUUGGUGUAACUUUGAAUUUUUUCUCUAUAGAGGAGUUUAGUUUAAGAACAAGCGUUAACAACGACUUUAAACUGUGAGAAUAACAGUUCAGGUGUACAAACAACAACAACACCAAUUAAGCUGCAAUGCCGCACAUACGUACACAGCUGAUCCUGGUGAUCAUCAGCCUACUGGGCUAUCACGCACGCAUCGAUGCACAAAAAACAGAGCCACCUUGUAGUUUUCCUGGUUCACCAGCCCACAGUACAGUUGUCUUUUCCAAUGCGAAUUUAACGCAUGGCACUGUUGCUUCCUACACCUGCGAGCGUGGCUUCGAGCUGCUGGGACCGGCGCGGCGUGUUUGCGAUAAAGGUGCAUGGGUGCCGGAUGGCAUACCAUUUUGUGUGCUCAAUGUCGCCGCCGGCAAAGCGCCAAUGCAAAUCUCCACCGAGGGCUCAGGUGCUCCCCAAAAGGCCAUUGAUGGUUCAACAUCCGCAUUUUUCACACCAGAAACCUGUUCACUAACCAAAGCUGAACGUUCGCCUUGGUGGUAUGUGAAUCUAUUGGAGCCAUAUAUGGUGCAAUUGGUGCGAUUGGAUUUUGGAAAAUCGUGUUGUGGCAACAAACCGGCUACCAUUGUUGUGCGCGUCGGUAAUAACCGCCCUGAUCUGGGCACCAAUCCGAUUUGCAAUCGUUUCACUGGUCUACUCGAAGAGGGUCAACCACUGUUUCUGCCCUGCAACCCCCCAAUGCCUGGUGCAUUUGUCUCCGUGCACUUAGAGACGAAUAUACCAAAUCAACUAUCCAUUUGUGAAGCCUUCGUCUACACCGAUCAAGCUUUGCCCAUCGAACGUUGUCCCACGUUCCGCGAUCAGCCACCCGGUGCGCUGGCCUCCUACAAUGGCAAGUGUUACAUUUUCUAUAACCGCCAGCCCCUAAACUUCCUCGAUGCGCUCUCAUUUUGUCGCUCUCGCGGCGGCACACUCAUCAGCGAAAGCAAUCCUGCGUUGCAGGGCUUCAUUAGUUGGGAACUAUGGCGUCGGCAUCGCACUGACAUUAGCUCACAAUAUUGGAUGGGCGCUGUACGCGAUGGCACAGAUCGCAAUACCUGGAAGUGGGUGAAUGGCGAAGAGGUGGCGGUAUCUUUCUGGAAUCAUCCGGGUGGCGAUGAAGACUGCGCGCGUUUUGACGGCUCGAAGGGUUGGCUCUGGAGUGACACCAACUGCAAUACGCUACUGAAUUUCAUUUGUCAACAUCAACCAAAGACCUGCGGUCGUCCUGAGCAACCGCCAAACUCGACUAUGCUGGCACUAAACGGCUUCGAAGUGGGCGCACAGAUCAACUAUUCCUGCGAUGCUAAUCAUUUGCUUGUGGGUCCAGCGACACGUACGUGCUUGGAGACUGGUUUCUAUAAUGAAUUCCCACCGGUUUGUAAAUAUAUCGAAUGUGGACUGCCUGCUUCUAUUCUACAUGGCUCAUAUGACCUCAUCAAUGGUACUGUGGGCUAUCUCAGCGUAGUGAAAUAUUCAUGCGCUAAGGGCUUUGAGAUGAUUGGACGUGCAGUACUGACCUGCGACUUCGAUGAGCGCUGGAAUGGCCCACCGCCGCGUUGUGAAAUUGUUGAGUGCGACACGCUACCAGGCAAUUACUACAACACCAUUAUAUCCGCACCGAAUGGCACUUACUAUGGCUCAAAGGCUGAGAUCUCCUGCCCGAGCGGGUACCGGCUCGAAGGACCACAUGUGCUUACCUGUUUGGCUACUGGCCAAUGGAGUAGCGCUUUGCCUCGUUGCAUCCGCCUCGAACCCUCUACGCCAGCACCUACGCAACCUCCACCACCUCCACCUACACAGCCACCCACAUCAUCACCGACUGCACCAUCAACCACUUCUUACAGGCCACGGCUUACCUCAACUUCAAGACAGCCAUCUUACAAACCCACCAUCAGUACUACACAAACGACAAGUACCACACAGCAGCUUGAUGCUGUUGGCGGCGAUUCCGAUGAGGAAGUCACUUAUAUUGUGCCCGGCACUGUGCGUGAGGAAUUCCCGCCACGUCGGCCUCUUCGUCCGGUCACUGUGUCUAAGCGCCCUAGCACCACGCCGGCCUACUUCUCGCCUACCACUUCUACCACCACCAGCACGACACCGCGACCACGUAUUUACGCUCCUGUGGAGUCUACCACUCGCAACACUCAGAAUAUUAUACUUAAUGCGCAUCCACAAGAUAAUGAGAUUACGGACAGCGUUAAUAUUCGACAUAACCAGUCGCCGAAUGUCAAUAUUCCAUACGCUGUGGAUAAUGUCGAUCGCAAGGAAACCAAGGAGGCUAAACUCAAUUUGGGCGCCAUUGUCGCUUUGGGCGCAUUCGGCGGUUUCGUUUUUCUAGCUGCGGUCAUUACGACCAUCAUCAUUUUGGUGAGAAGAAAUCGCACUACCCAACACUAUCGCCAUCGCGCCUCACCCGACUGCAAUACAGUGGCCUCAUUCGAUAGCUCUACUUCUGGCUCACGUAACGGUUUGAAUCGUUACUAUCGACAAGCUUGGGAAAAUCUGCAUGAAUCUGCUUCGAAGAGUAGCACUCAACAUGCUUUACGCCGCAAGGAUACACUCGAUGCCCCCAACUCGAUGCAUUCACGUGAUAAUUUGCGUGAGAAUAUGCAGCGUUCCAGGGAGAAUCUCGAUCGUGUCGGCCGUGAGAACUAUGGCAUGCGCGAGAAUUCCGAAAUGGUCGUUUCUGAUGUGUGUCUAAAAGGUGAAAAGAAACGCCAUCAUCACCACCAUCACAAGAGCAGCACACGCAAUGGCGAAUAUCGAGAUCAAUCAGCUGGCAGACGAGAACAUCACAGACACAGCGGCGGACAUUAUUGACCAACCAUGGUGAUAACCAUAAAUGUGGAGCAAUAAGCCAAUGCAAGCAUAUGUUAACAUACUUAUCUAUUUAGCUACAAAGAAGCGAAGCAGAAAACAAAAAAAAAACUACAUCUUUUCUUAAACAGAAGGAACAACGAACAGCGUUAUUUUGAUUAUAAGUUAUUGCGAGUAAAUUUAUUGUUAAUAUACCGUUUUGUUGUGUGCAAUUUAAACUAAGUAAUUUUAGU